GGUGACAUUUUCCUCGGAGGUCCACUCACCCUUAAGGUGUCUCCUAGUCUCCAAGGGCCCAGGCGUUUCUAGCUUUGCGGUCCGCAAGGCCCGACAGCCCCUCUAUCCCAGAUACCAGAGCUGUAGGUAGCCCCCCUCGAGGGGAGGCACUGGCAGGCAUCCGCCCGUGAGUCGGGGUCCAAUCUUCCAGCGUCCGGGCGCACCCACUCGGCCGCCGCGCAGGAGCCGUCCAGCCCUGCCCAGCCCACGGUCGACGCGCGUCGCUCCCCCGCGGCGCGCUCGGUGCAGCGGCUUGGCCGGAGGUGGCGCUCUGUGCGCCCGCGGAUCCAGACGCAGAACCCACGGGUUCACCAGUGGUUCCUUUCUCUUCCUUUCCUUCCACCCUCUCAAUCCCGAUCUCGGUGCUGCCUCGCUUUCGGAAAGGGAGUGGGAGACUUGGGGAGGAAGGGAAGGGGCAGCCAGAGUGUCAAGGUCAAGGAUAAAACAGGUUGCUGCAAUCUCCUCCCCAACCUUGUUCCCACCUCGAAAUGUGGGUGGAGGUUCCUCAUUCAGGUGCCCCAGGCUUCGGACCUUGGGCAGGGGCGCGUGGCAGCCGCCAGGAGCCCGGCUGGAGCGCCCGCCCCGCGGCCUCGCCUCCCUGCCGAGCCGCCAGCGCCUCGGGACGCGAUGAGGACCUGGGCUUGCCUGCUGCUCCUCGGCUGCGGAUACCUCGCCCAUGCCCUGGCCGAGGAAGCGGAGAUCCCCCGUGAGCUGAUCGAGCGGCUGGCUCGCAGUCAGAUCCACAGCAUCCGGGACCUGCAGCGACUCCUGGAGAUAGACUCCGUAGGGGCUGAGGAUGCUUUGGCAACCAGCCUGAGAGCCCAUGGGUCCCGUGGCAAGCAUGCACCCGAAAAGCGGCCUGUGCCUAUCCGGCGGAAGAGAAGCAUUGAGGAAGCCAUCCCCGCAGUCUGCAAGACCAGGACGGUCAUUUAUGAGAUACCUCGGAGCCAGGUAGACCCCACGUCUGCCAACUUCCUGAUCUGGCCCCCAUGUGUGGAGGUGAAGCGCUGUACCGGCUGCUGUAACACAAGCAGCGUCAAAUGCCAGCCCUCCAGGGUACACCACCGGAGUGUCAAGGUGGCCAAAGUUGAAUACGUCAGGAAGAAGCCAAAAUUAAAAGAGGUCCAGGUGAGACUAGAGGAGCACUUGGAGUGUGCAUGUGCAACCUCCAGCCUGAAUCCAGACCAUCGGGAAGAGGAGACUGGAAAGCGUAGGGAAUCAGGUAAAAAACGGAAAAGGAAAAGGUUAAAACCCACAUAAAGCACCAGACCAAGAUGUGAGGUGAGGAUGAGCCCCCCCCCAGCCCUCUCGGGACACGGAUGUAGUGGCGUGUUACAUUCCUGGACCUACUAUGUACGGUGCUUUAUGGCCAGUUGUGCGGUCUUUGUUCUUUUCCGUGAAAAAAAAAAAAAAAAAAACCAACAAAAAAAAAAACAAAACAAAAAACUGUGUUCAAGAAUCCCCCGGAGAACAAAGAGACAGUGUCCAUUUGUUCGAUGUCACAUCAAAGGAAGUAUUGUAGCACUUGGGUGGGACAGUAAGACACUUCCUUGUCAGAAAAAGAGAAAAAAAUAAUCACCAAACCCAAUACCAAACCACAAAACACAGAAACACCACGGACUCCAACAAAUUAGCUAACGCCAACAACGGCAAAGGGCCGCCCUGAGGAACGGAGGUGAUGCUGCCCCCAGAUUGGCUUCUGCUCCCCUCUGCCCUUGGCACUGGCCAGCUCGGGACUGCAGGGGUCACUGGCUUCGAGGGGACACAGGGAUUGGAGUACAUGGGAGCUGUCCGGGAGCCCUCCCCCCAAAAAAAACAAAAAACCAUACUUCCUCGCUUGAGUCAGCACGGGGCCUUCCUGAGAGCCUUAAGUGGAUUUUUUUUUUUUUACACCAUAAAGUGAUUAUAAGCUUUCCUUUUUACUCUCUGCCUAGCAUUUUUAAAAAAAAAUUUUUAAUUAUCUCUUGGAGGAUUUUGUUUUGUUUUGUUUGUUUUUUGUUUUUUGUUUGUUUGUUUGUUUUUUUGCCGAUAACACAGGAGGCUGCUGUUGUUAAACUGUUGGGACUUUGUGACGGUAUUUUUUUUUUUCCUAGCAGGAUGAAAACUAAUGAGAUGUAUUAAAAUAAAACAUGGAAUAUCUACCCA